AUGUCAAAAUAUAACAGCAUAAUUGAUAUAUCUUCGGAUGAAGAUAUAACAUUUGAUUUAAAAAAUGAUGAAUGUAAAGAAAAAUCAAAACAGAAAAAGUUAAAUGAUUUUUUUGAUUUUUCACCUGAGCGUAAAAUAACUGUACCUGAUACUGAUUCUUCAAACAGCCCAAAAAACAAUUCUUAUCAAGAUGACGGUUGGGAAAAGAAGUUUAUGCCUAUUAGUCCAGAAAAUAAGAAAACAUCUCCUAAAGAUGAACUCGAUCAUUCUAUAUUAAAUAUGGAUUUUUAUGAUUCAGCAAAUAGAGAUCAAACUCUUCAGAUUAUAUCAAAUUCGCCAAAUAAAAAGGACAUUAUAAAAACAGAAGACAAAUCACUAGAUAAUUUAAGAACUUUAGUUCAUAAUAAACUUGGUAUAAACAUUGAAGGUUCAGAUGAAUCAGAUAUUUUACUGUCAAAAAUCAAAGAUAUUGUUGAGAUAUAUGACAGUACACGAAAAUCUAAAGCGGAGCUUGAGGGAAACAUGAAUAAUCUGAAAAAAAUGUAUAUCGAAAUUCUGGAAUUUUUAUGCAUCAUUUUUAGACAAGGUUCCAUUUAA